AUGCCAGUUCCCGUAUCGCUUUGCUCAAAGCAACCAGCGCACCCGGUAAUCAAGAUCAAUCAAUCUGUUCAGCCCAGCCAGCAGCCAUCUGUCUUCCAGCACUUGACUCAUACUCUUCCUCGUCCUCCUCGUGGUCCCCCGCCUGCAUUUGCAUCUAGAGAGGAGUGGAUUAGCUCCCUUCCAUCUUGGAGAAGGAAUAAGCCGCGCCGUAUCUGGGAGGAGGACCCGUCGCAUUACUACAAUUCCGGCCGUCAGGGUUUUGAAGAAGGGUUGGCCGUCGCGGGCAACGCUACGGUCAUUAAAGGAACGCCCGCGCAAGCGUGCAUCCCGCCCGUCUCUCCCCUGAUUGCUGGUGCGACUGGCCGUCCUCCAUCCUCGCCCUCCGCCGACAUGCACACCGCCCGUGACGGAGACAUCGACUAUGGAAUGAGUAUAUACUCCGCGCGUGAGUACAGCUGGCAAUGCGAUGAUCGCUCUCAAACAAGCAACGUUUCGCCGAUAACCAAUGCAGAAUACGACGACAUGGACGUCGAGAGGAGUUCCGAGAAGGCCAUGUCUUACCAGGGCUAUGACACUGAUACCCCCGACUCUUUUUGCCGAGAUGAGUCUAGCGCUGCAUACUCUGCGGGGCUAUACGAGCACGGAACGUUUUCUCCUGUGCUCGACGACAUGUCGCCGGAGCCGAUCAACCCCGGUUUCAGUCCCAUCGGGCCCGCUACUCCGUUCGCUGACUACGUCGACAAGGCGGUCGCUGCACAAUAUCAUCCAGCAUUCGAGUUCGCACAUCCCAUAGACGUGACUCGCGAUGUGAGCUACAUGUACACGGACGAAGGCUGUAGUGGCCAUUGCCAUCAGUGUCAGACCUAUGGCCCGGUGAUGGAGGCUUUACCUGCUCCCGCUCCGGAGCCUGUUGUCACACCUACUGCCACCGCGGCCUACAAGAAACUGGCUGAGCCUCUUUCUGCAUGGCUUGCUUCCUACGUCUGGAAGGUGUGUACGACUGGCAUGAGCCUGCCAUCCGCUUACGCUCAACCGAGGGCAUUUGUUAAACAUUAUUCAAGCACCCCACCGAGUCACCUAGCUAGCGCUACGCACUCGAUGCUGCUGUCUACCUUGUUGCAGCCAUCCGCUAUUUUCUUGGCGACGAGGUUCAUCAUCCGUCUGCCGGUGUUCUUUGGCCCUGUCAAUCUGAAUCGUGAAGAGCAUGCCAAGGAGAUUCGCUUCCGGAACGAGCUCUUGGGCGAGCCUCAUAUGAGCCACGACAGGGACGCAAUUGAGUCGUACGCUCCAUUCCGUCUGAUCCUUCUCGGGUGCAUGCUGGCGAACAAGUGGCUGGAUGAUCAUACUUUUUCAAACAAGACAUGGCAUACGAUUUCCAACGUUCCCGUUCAGUCAUUGAACAAGCUGGAAGCCCUUGCAUUGGACAUAUUCCGGUACAAUUUGUCCAUAUCUGUGCAAGACUGGAACGACUGGCUCUCUAAGUUGCUCGCGUAUCACUCUUCGUUAAACUCCUUGACCUGUCCUCAGCCUAUCUCUCGGCCGUCGACGAGCCCACACACGAUCAUACGCAAGGCCAUUGAGAUGCUCCAUGAAGUGCGCAUGGUUUCUCCUACAUGCCGCUGCUGCGACGAGGAGACAUGUUCCACUGCUCCGCCGGAGCCUAUCUUCGUCAACCUUGAAGACCGCAAGAAAGACACGCAGGAGGCGGCCCGUCCAUACGAGGAGACCGUCGACGUGUUGGAGAUUGAUUUGGACGAAGAUGGCCCGUUGAGAGAGGAGUAUCUACCUCGGCGUCGCGUCAGCAGCGCUAGCACUUCGCGCCAUACGGAACUUCGCAACAGGGCCGUCGAGUCCGGCAGGCUACUCCCUCCUCCGGCGAAAUGGAGUCCCGCUGCGGACGAGCCCAUCGUUCGCGACCACGCUCGUGCACCUAGGCAGUACCUUGCACCACAGCCAGUUGCUCACAUGCCUGUACCGCAUGCAUUCCUUGCCGCGCCGCCGACAUUCCACCAAGUCGUGGAUUCCCAUCACCCUGCGUGGCAAUACGGUCCAUAUGUGCCAAAGCAGGAGCAUAUCGCCAUGCAAGAGCAUGCUGUUCCCGCGCAGAUGUACCAUGUUCAGCCUCCCUACGUCGCAUACGAGUAUGGCUACCCCGCUAUUCAGACCCACUCGCGCUCGCAGUCGCUCUCGUACAAUCAGGCGGUUGCCGAGCAAGCCCAGGGUCGUCAUCCCGCGUAUUCGCAGAUCGGAUAUGACCAUGCCUAUAGCGACGUCCGCUUCUCCGAGGACCAUAUGGGCGCGGUUCCUCCGCAUCCGGUUAUUUCCCGCUGGGCCCCGGCAGAUCUCUAUCCUGCUCUCUACGACCGUCCAUUUGAUUACUAUCAGAGGCCACUGAAAGUGUGA